CGUCUGCGUCUGCGUCUUCACCUGCGCAGUCUCUUCUACACUCUACUCCUACACCAAAACACUCUUCAACACAGGAAACAUCUGACCAAAUGUUGAUUCUACAAGAAGUACACCUGAAAAUGGAUAUAGGUGGCGUCCCAAAACCCCUCCCAUGCAACUUCCUAACCAGACCAGAUCCUCUUCUCAUGCUGAAUCACUCAGUCACUGUGGUGCAGUAGUAGCAGCUGUACCAGCAUACUCUGCAAUCACACUCUUGGGCUCGACAUAUGUCCCAACCGGUCGGUACUCAAUAUCGUAUCCAAAUGCCUUAGGUCCACCAUAUUCCAGGCCUCUUGGUGUGUCUGUCCAGCGUGGCGAGCAUGCAAUGGCCAAUACAGUCACCAUCAAUCCGUAUCGAUACUCUGGCACACCCAGAGCCAGACCUGACUGCGUAUCCAGAACAGAUAUAAGGUCAGGCACAGUGGCAAUGUAUGAUUCGGAUCCGUCCUCGGCCACAUGUUUGGCAUAGAUGUUCUCGUUCUUGAACGGGAUUUUCAACACUCCACCUUCAGCAACUGCCGCUACCUCAUGUCGAUUCUCUUCUUCAUCGGCUUGCACCUGUUUGAUGGUGAUCUCACCAUAUGAAUGUCCCUUGAACAGUCUUCGUUCGACUGCUACAAUCUUUCCUCGGAACAGAAUCUUCGCCGUUGUGGGGCCACCUACGGCAUCAAUAAUCUGUUCCGCCACCGUGUGGAUGGUACUCUCUUGUUGUGCCCGUGCCACUGACCGGCCUAUUCUCCAGGCCAAGGACACCGUAUUCAGCACGCCAUAUUCUCUCACCCGUUUUGUCGUCGUUGGUUUCGCAGCCAUGCCGACCCGGGAACCCAUUUCUGAGCAGGAUGCACGCAAGGCCCGGUCCACAAUCUCAUCGUUGGGUGAUUUGAUCAUGACGAUCGACUUGCCGUCUCCAGAUGCGAUGGCACAUGGUGUAAGCUGUCCAGGCUCAUACACCGCCAACGUGGUCUGCCAGUAAGUUGGAUAUGCUCGUCCUAUCAGCUGUCAGCAUGUUCUCUCCUCAAGCGACUGUGCCGAGAUUUGGACGAUUACGUACCCAUCCAAUCCCCAUCAAUGACAGGUCGAUCAAAUCCCUGGGAGGAUCCGAUAAGCAGAGGCUCUAGUCCAUUCGCGCCACCAAUUUCAAGACCCAUGAUCGCAUCGAAGGACUCGUGGCCGAGGUAUUCCAUCAAAUCUGCCACAGCAUGGAGACAUUCGGAAGAAUUGAGUCUCUCUAUCGAGACUGCAGGUGAUCCCAUCAUCCCAGCCCCUGAAAUGUUGUUAGCAUGACCCAAUGCACAAGAGCAUAUUUAGACUCACAGUAUAUGAGGGCUGUUUCGGGAAGAGAAGAACUGUCAAUAACCCUGACGGUGCGCCCAUUCCGGAUCUGGUCGCGAAGCUUCAGGUAUUCAGCUUUCGGUGAACCCCCUCCAGCGCAACCUAGAAUAUAGCAACCGUCUCGUAUCCAUUGGAUGUCGGUUUCGGAGACAACCCAUUCAUUUCUGCCCAAGGCUGCGUUGUUUACAAUCUGUGGCCGAUAUGUGUCGAAAUUGAACCGUUCGAGGCUCUUUGGCGCCGAAACUGAUUCUGGUUUGGCUGAGUUGUCCCUGUCGUCCCACAUACUUUCUUCCUCUGCAUCGGCAAGAUUUUUGCUGCUUGAGAUAUAGUCGAUUGAGAGAUCGCCGACGGCCUUAACGAUUACUCGAAUUUGUCCGGCUACAUAGGGAAUUGGUAAUGUCUCAACAUCGACGACCGUGACCGUAUCAGCAUCCGCGCCAGCAUCGACGGCUUUGGCGAUUGCCUGUUCUUUAGCAUGUUCUAGGGCCUCGGACAAAGUCAUAUCUUGUGUGACAUAAAUGGUGUCGACAGUUCCACAGACUCUCGCAAUUGCUGCGCCGACGGCAUUGGCCACAGCGUGGAACUUUGGGACAAUGACUUCUGACACACCCUCCAACUCGAGAGGACAGACAAUGGAACCUCCUCCAACCAAUAGAACAGGCAACGGCGCUGGCGUCAAUUUUAGACGGUCAAUGACGUUCUCUAGCAUCCGCUUGAUCUUCAGUUGAGUUCGUCGAAUGAGAUCAGUGUCGAGAUCCUUGACUCGCGAAGAGUCACCGAUGUCUUGACCUGCAGCGACCGCAAUAUCCGUGGUUGUGAGUUCGUCGCCACCAAACACCCUCGCUCGCGAGGUGAGCUGGUAUCCAACGGAAUCUGGACCAACUGACACAUCAGAGCCGUGCCGUCGAACGAUGGAACCACCUCCCAAACCAAUUGAAGCGAGAUGAGGCAUAGGGAAGUUCAUUGUCACCCCUGCAACAUCCACAUACGCACUGGCUGCUCUCGGAAAGCCGGAUGGGAGCAGAACACCACAGUCAGUGGUGGUGCCGCCCACGUCAAUGACAAUCGUUGACACGCGUUCCUCGUUUUUGCGCCCAUAGCCAAGUCCAAGAUAUGCAGCACCGCGCAUGGAAUUGGUCGGUCCGGAUGAGAAAGUCUUGAUGGGCAAAGACGCUGCGGAGACUGAGUCGAUCACUGUACCGUCAUUUUGAGAAAUAAAGAGUGGGCAUGAGAGUCCCAGUCUCUUCAUAGCCGCGCGAAAGCCGUGGAUUGUACGUCUGGCGAAGGAGAGAAUGGAUGCAUUGAGAAUUGAUGCAUUUUCUCUUUCCAAGAGACCAAUGUUGGACACUUCAGAAGAGCAGACAAUAUCCACGUGUGGCAAUCGCUCUUGCAUGAUCUUACGAACAAGAAUCUCCUGCUCGAAAUGUUUGUCGAUAGGAGAGAACACUCCAGAAAUCACAACAGCUUUGAGACCCAGUUUUUCGAUUGCAUCACAUUCUUUAAGCACCUGGUCCUUCUGAAUGGGCGCUUCUUCCGAGCCAUCGAUAUGCAGACCUCCAUCAAUAUAACCGCAGUAGCCGUUCAGCAACUGAGUUAGAUCCUCUGGUACAUCUGAAAAAGGUGGAAUGUCCCUGGUGAAGCUCUUGGACAGCCGAAUCACCCCAACUUUGGAAAGACGUCGAGAGUCCCGCUCGAUGACUGCGUUGAGGAAAUGGGUCGUCCCAAUGAUGAGGCACGAGACGUUGGACACGCCGUUGCCAAUUUGACUCAGUACUUUGCCCACCGCAGUCUCGAUCCCGUCGGUCACAUUGGGACUCGUCGUUGGGGUCUUGUGAAAGGCGAGCACCCCUCGGUUAGGCUGAUCCACAGCAUCGAGAUCAAGAAUCACCGCAUCAGUGUUGGUGCCUCCGACAUCGACCCCUAUUCUGAGAGAGUGUUGUGAUCGUAUUGAGCCCAUCUUGAUGAGGAAUCGUCGAGCAACUUGGACAACCUUGGAUCCCGACCAAUACUGGCUACAUCGUACAUAUACCAGAUCUAAAAUUGCCUCUCAGAGAAUAUUCGGUACCCACCACUGACAUGCGUUCGAGGUACGACCGGCUUAGCAAUAACGUGUGGUCAUGUCGUAUCCGCUGGGCAGGCGAUCUGAGCCUCUGGUAUAUUCAGUCAGCUCGUUCAUCGUUUCCAGGGUUGGCCACGUUUACGUACCAGUCACACGUGUCUUCGCCGAAACUAUAAGCCUAUUCUAAAGUCAGUUUUAGACGAUUACUAUUCUCAUUGGUCAUGCUGGUUAUCUACCGGUGCAUUACAGACGCCCCAGCAUUCUCCACAGAUAGGUUCUUUGAAAAAGCUACGGGAGCCAAGCGUGGCGGUAAUUGGAGAAUCCGGCGAGAAAGAUAGGCCUCCGGGGUUCAUGGCAACACUACGAUCUCGUGCUCGGGCAUUUAUUUGCGGGACCCUGGAAUAUCCACACUCUCUGGUCCGAAAGUCGAUACCCAGGUGCCUCGCUUCCGUGGCCUGGAGAUCUUGUUAUACGUAUGCUCGACUUGAUCGAGACGCCUGGGGCCCAAUUCUUCCAGACUUCUAGAUGUUUUCACACCUGCCAUACCGUUCGCACUGUUAUCUAUACUUUAUCCGGCUCCUUGGAUUGAUAGGCUAUUUUGAGCCUAUUCAAGCGCGAUCCAUUUCUAUCCCUAUCAAACGGUGAGACUUACGGGAACGGAUGAUAGCCCUUUCACUCUUCGACGUUGCCCUCCAGUUGUCUGACACGGCCCGAAUUUCUGGUUACUCAAGGGACUGGUACUGGAUAUGCCGUCAGGACUAUAAGACUCAUUCUCCAACCAUAGCAAAGGACCCUCAUCACUCUGGGACUUUCCCAUACUUGCAACCAUUCGUGGCCGACUGAAAAUCAUAACAAACCAUGUCUCUGCGGACGAGGUUCGCAGGCCUCAAACCGGGACGGGUACAUCUUCGACUCCAGGGCGAAUCUUCAGUCUGGAUCAACGAUGACAUCCGUCCUCUUCCUCCUUCUCGUCGCCUAUGGGAUGUGUGGGCGUACCUUUCGUUUUGGGCCAUCAACCAGAUCGCCCUCAGCAACUGGCAACUCGGCGCUUCAUUGAUUGCAGUGGGUUUGUCAGUUUGGCAGACUAUGAUCGCUGUGAUCCUUGGAAAAAUCAUCAUCGCCAUUGUCGCUGUCUGUAACGGAGCCGUAGGCGCCAAUUGGCACAUUGGAUUUCCUGUUCUGUCCCGUGGAAUCUGGGGCGUCUAUGGAGCGUACAUCAUCAUCAUUCAGCGCAUCAUUCUCAGCUUGACUUGGUUCGCCGUCCAGUCCUGGACAGGUGGACUAUGCGUCACGGCAGUGCUGAGCUCCAUCUUCUCGUCCUACCAUAACAUGCACAACACCCUGCCGGAAUCGGCCAGCACCACGACCAAAAACUUCGUCGGUUGGGUAGUCUAUAACAUCAUCACCAUUCCUAUGCUUUGGAUUCCACCAGAAAAGACGCGCAAGCUUCUCUUUUACAUGAAUACCAUCUCAGUCACCACACUGAUCUCGAUGAUGAUCUAUGUUCUCAGCACCGCCAAGGGGGCCGGUCCGCUUCUGUCGGCGCCAGCCACGGCGCAAUCUGGUAGCCAACUCGGCUGGGCCAUUGUUCAAGGUAUCACGACAGUUAUCGGGGGGAUUGCCGUGGGUUUGACCAAUCAAGCAGAUUAUUCGCGUUUCGCACGGAAACCGGGUGAUCAGAUAUUUGGACAAUGGUUCUCGAUUAUUACACUAGGAACAAUUCUUCCACUCUUCGGAUGCCUGACUGGCUCAGCAUCGAUGCAACUUUAUGGUGAAGCGAUCUGGAAUCCGCCAGAUCUGCUGCUACGAUGGCUGGACGAUGAUUACAAUGCGAGAUCGCGUGCGGGCGCAUUCUUUGCCGGUAUUGGAUUGGUGGUCUGUCAGCUGGCCAUCAACACGAUCGACAACGCAUUCUCUGCUGGCAUGGACAUGGCCGGUCUGAUCCCCAAAUACUUCAACAUUCGACGAGGAGCAUACUUUGCACUGGUACUCUCGAUUGCCAUGUGUCCAUGGGAACUGCUCGCGUCGGCAGGAACGUUCAUCAGCGUCAUGGGCGCCUACUCUGUCUUCCUAGGACCCAUGUGCGGGAUCCAGAUUUGCGACUACUUCUUCAUCCGACGCCGACGCAUGAAGUUGUCGGACCUUUACACACCCGCUCCUACAGGAAUCUACUACUACGUACGAGGAGUCAACCCACGCGCCUUCGUCGCCUGGGUCUGCGGUUGGGCGCCACAACUACCCGGCUUCAUUGCCAACGUCAACUCCUCGGUCCAGGUACCAUCAGCCUGCAUGGAGAUGUUCUACCUCGCUUUCCCACUGGGUCUGGCCAUAAGCUUCACCUUGUAUUUCGCGCUCAACAAGGUGUUCCCGCCUCAAGGUCUGGGUCAAUAUGACGAUGUCGAUUACUAUGCCACUUUCAGCGCGCCCGAGGCCGCUAGAUUGGGCGUUGCUUUGAUGGAGGACACUACCGCCGAAGAGUUGGAUAUGGUGAAGGAGAAACAUGGAAUUCCCGUCGAUACUGUAACUCCCAAGUCACAGGAGUCUUCGGAUUAGGUCUUGAUCGUUAGAUUUGCUGGGCGCGACCGUACGUAAUGGCGCAACGGUUUG